UUCAAGCAUUCCCGAUCGGCACGAUGAAGACCCUCUUCAUCUCGCUUGCCCUAUGCGCCGUUGUUACUGCGGCUCCUCGUGAGCGACGAGAAGCAAUCUUGAGCGGUCACGGAUUUUACGGGGGUGGGCACGGAGCUUACGGGGGUGGGCACGGAGCUUACGGGGGCCAAGGAACCUACGGUGCUCAUGGAGCUUACGGAGCUUACGGAGGUCUAGCGGGCUAUGGCGGACACGGAGUUGCUGUUGCCGAACCAUUGCUGGGAGCUACGAGCGUCGUGGGACCACACGUGGGUGCCACCGCCGUUUCCGCCCCGGCAAUAGGUCCGGCUCGAUUGUCCGGAUCAAUCGCUGGUCCAGCUCACGUAUCGGGCGCCGUGGCUGGUCCAGCUGUCGUGACCGCGUCAGUCGCUGGUCCUGCGCACGUGGAAGGCUACGGUGGCUACGAUGGUGCUUAUGGUGGAGGUGAUUAUGUCGGAGGUUACGGAGGAUACGCAGCUGGUCCUGCUUACGGUUACGCAGGAUAUGCCGGUGGUCACGGAGGACAUGGAGUGGUUGUAGCCGGACCAGCUAGCCACGGCGCGGUUCUAGCCGGACCGGCCAGCCACGGAACGGUUCUAGCCGGACCAGCCAGCCACGGAGCAGUUGUAGCUGGACCGGCCAGCCACGGCGCGGUUCUAGCCGGACCUCAUUCCGGAAGCGCGGCUGUUUCUGGUCCGCACGCUGGUUCGGUGGUGAUUGCUGGCCCUUCCGGUAAGAUCACGACUCACGGAAGUGGUUACGGUGCCGCUAUCCAUGCCGGACUCGGCCAUGGCCACGGCCACUGGUAAACGCGCGUACAAACGCGUCUCUGUGAAACGCAAAAAGAAAAAAAAACGGAAAAAAGAACCGCCAUUCCGAAUCUCAUAUCGCCCCGCCAAAAAUAGAAUAUCGUCCCCUCGGCGUCUUUUUUAAGGAAGCUUACAAGACAGUAAAUUAUAGAUAUUUAAAGUUGCUAUGUAUAACACGACGACGCUUGUUGCGCUUGAUACUAUUUCACGGUACGCUCAUGGAUACUUAUGUCUUCUGUGUGUAUGGAUGGAAUAAAUUUGCUUUCUUCUUUGAAAGGAGGCAUUU